CCUAUAAGGCACUUUUUCGAAUCUCAAUUCGAGUUGCGUUUCAAGUAGUCGCCUUGAGUGCUACCGUUGUUGGCUCAUAGCUCUCGUGAGGACUGGGCGUUUUCACCGACUUUCACCAUAUCGAGAGGCGCGGCGCAGCAUUAAUCGCAUAAGUUAUUUCGAGCUCUCCCAACAACCUCGAGAUUUAUUGGGCUCGACUUGAACCGGCACACGAUGGAAUUGCCUUCACCAUUACUCAACGCCCUUGGCGGCGUAUUGCUAACCAUCUUGGUUGUGCGACUUUUUGCCUUUACGUCUAAUCUAUGGCGUUAUAGAAGCUUGAUGCGAAGGCUAUCAAAGAUGGGAAAGCCAAUGCACGCCCACAGCACCUUUCUAGGCCACCUUCUCUCAGCUAAGACUGCUAGCGAAGAACUCCCGCCAGGGGCUCAUAGCAGUUACAUCCUCGAUAGAAUGGCUAAGAAUUUGGAUGGGGAAUAUGGCCCGGAAGCGUACUAUUUCGAUAGCUAUCCUGUAACCACACCUUUACUCGUCGUUAGAGAUCCUUAUCUUGCCAAUCAAGUUACCAAUCAUUCAUGGACAUCCGCCGAGAAACCCUCAAACCUGACGUCUUGGUUUGAACCAAUUUCAGGCUAUGGAGGAAUCAACCUCUUUACUCAAAAUGGCCAGGAGUGGAAGAACGAUCACAACUUAUUCUUGCCAUUCUUCAGCAAUAGCAACCUUGACGCCGCUAUGCCUAGUGUCGUCGAGCAGAUACAAAUCUUCCGGGGUAUUCUCCGAAAGCAAGCUCAGAAGGGUGGUAUCUUUCGCUUGGAGCCAUUAGUAUUAUCACUCAUGAACGACAUCAUCGGACGUGUCGUAUUCAAUGCCGAACUCGGCAACCAAACGACCGGCUCUCACCCACUCUCAGACACUAUGCUGCGCCAGCUUGGUUUGAAAUUUUACGCAAACAAUGUCAUGGACAACCUCGGUCGGCUCAAUCCGUUUAGGGCGUUCAACUUGUGGAAUAACAGUCGCCUCUUAAACAAGCAUAUUGGUGCCCAAAUUUCGAAAAGACUUGAUGAAUUCCGCAACUCCAAGGCACGUCACGAACAGGCUCCCUUCCGCUCGGUACUUGACCAGGCUUUGGAGGAGUACUACUCUCAACUAAGUCGGAAGCCCUCCGAUCCACUCGACAAGGAUUUUAUUGUUACUCUAUGCUCGCAGUUACGGCUAUUCUUCUUUGCAGGCUACGAUUCUACCUCGUCAGCACUAGUCACUUGCUGCUACAUGCUCUCUAAACAUCCUGAGGUCUUAGCUAAGUUACGAGCUGAACACGACGAGGUCUUCGGCAGAAAUAUCGCAGCCUGCCCGGACAAGAUUUCUGAGAAUCCAUCGAUCCUCAACUCGCUCCCGUAUACCUUAGCGGUAAUCAAAGAAACGCUGCGGCUCUUUCCCCCUGCGAGCGGUAUUCGGACAGGAUGUAAAGACUUGAUAUUAAAGGGAAGAAGUGGGACUGAAUACCCUACCGAGGGAUGCGCCGUUCAACUAGGUCACUAUAGCAUCCAUCGGAAUCCCUCAAUCUGGCCACGACCGCUCGAAUUCCUACCCGAGCGAUUCCUUGUAGGACCGGAUCACGAACUUUACCCACAAAAGGGGGCAUGGCGUACUUUCGAGUAUGGUGUCCGAAACUGCACAGGCCAAGCCCUUGUCUUUAAAGAAGUAAAAGCCUUCCUCGCCAUCAUAAGCAGGGAGUUCGACUUCCAGGAAUGUUAUGAUGAGGUCUAUGCAGGAGAGAAGAUAGAUUUGACCACAGUAUAUAACGAGAAGGCUUAUUUGGUUGAACACGGUUCGGCGCAUCCCCGCGGCGAGCUUCCGUGUCGGGUUACCCUGAGCGGAUAUGUCCCCGGUGAGACACGGUGAUCACUGUAUAUACACUAAUACAUAUUCAGAUCAAAUAUUAUAUUAUACCCACAAACGCAGUGUUCUUACUUAGGCGCGUUUACCAGCAGACUUCCCUCAGGCAAAAA